AUGGUCAGUGCCCAGAGGCUUGCCCAACUGGCAAAGAAGUGGCAGAAGAUGGUGGCUAUUGGGAGGAAGAGGAUCACCCAGACUACAACGGCGAAAAGAGCCGCCGCCGAGUGCCGCGCGGUGACCUCAGUAGCGGUGAAGGGGCACUGCAUGGUAUACACCUCGGAUGGCAGCCGGUUUGAGGUGCCACUGGAGUACCUCAGCACAGUGGUCUUCAGUGAGCUCCUGAGGAUGUCUCAGGAGGAGUUUGGAUUCGCGGGCGGACAAGAAGGUCGCAUCACGCUGCCCUGCGACACUGCAGACAUGGAAUACGCCAUGUGUUUGCUCAGGAGAGAUGCCUCCACGGAAGUAGUGAUGGCGUUCCUGAGCUCCAAUGCAAGACCGUGCUGCUUUGAUGAUGGUGUGGUGCCAUGCAUAGGGCUUAACCAUUAUGUAGGUGUUUGUUAG